CUUUAAUUUAUAAAUUCACACUCGCAACAAAUUCAAAUCAAAGUUAACAACAAUGGUGACAAUAGCGAAGAGAAUCUUUAUAAUAUCUUUAUCAGUAUUUCAUAUGAUGGUAUCAGGAGAAAUAUGCUUUAAAACAGGAUUUUCAACUAACUGCUGUGCAGAUAUUUAUUCCAAUAAUGGAGAAUGCCUUCCCUGUCCUAGAGGAUACUUCGGACUCCACUGUAGUUAUUCAUGUCCUUAUCCAAGCUACGGACAUCGGUGCUUAGAUGGCAAUUGCAGGUGUCCCAAGGAAUGGUGCUCCGUCAGCGAUGGAUGUCUGAGGAAAAACGACAUUAACAAAUGGAUAAUGUCCGCCAUAAUUACAACUCUUUCGUCCUCAAAAACAUCCACUGAUGAUGAGUUAAAAAUCUGGACAACUACCUUGAGAAAAAAUCAUGACCUAAGGGAUAGAACUCAAACUGAUAUUAAAAAUAAAGGUACUCUGAAGUUGACAUGA